UGCAAGUUCCAGGGCCAGUUGAAAACCUGCAAGCCGUAUCUACCUCACCUACCUCAAUUCUCAUUACCUGGGAACCCCCUGCCUAUGCAAAUGGUCCAGUCCAAGGUUACAGAUUAUUCUGCACUGAAGUGUCCACGGGAAAGGAGCAGAAUAUAGAGGUUGAUGGACUAUCUUACAAGCUGGAAGGCCUGAAAAAAUUCACGGAGUAUACUCUUCGAUUCCUAGCUUACAAUCGCUAUGGGCCAGGAGUCUCGACUGAUGAUAUAACAGUGAUUACACUUUCUGAUGUGCCAAGUGCCCCACCUCAGAACAUCUCCCUGGAAGUGGUUAAUUCAAGGAGUAUCAAAGUAAGCUGGCUGCCUCCUCCGUCAGGAACACAGAAUGGAUUCAUUACGGGCUAUAAAAUUCGACACAGAAAGACGACCCGCAGGGGUGAGAUGGAAACACUGGAGCCGAACAACCUCUGGUACCUGUUCACAGGACUGGAGAAAGGAAGUCAGUACAGUUUCCAAGUGUCAGCGAUGACAGUCAAUGGCACUGGACCACCUUCCAACUGGUACACAGCAGAGACCCCAGAGAAUGAUCUAGAUGAGUCUCAAGUCCCUGACCAACCAAGCUCUCUUCAUGUGAGGCCCCAGACCAACUGCAUCAUCAUGAGCUGGACUCCUCCCUUGAACCCAAACAUCGUAGUGCGAGGUUACAUCAUUGGUUACGGCGUUGGGAGCCCUUAUGCCGAGACAGUACGUGUGGAUAGUAAACAGCGGUAUUAUUCCAUUGAGAGGUUAGAGUCAAGUUCCCAUUAUGUAAUCUCCCUAAAAGCUUUCAAUAACGCGGGAGAAGGAGUCCCUCUUUAUGAAAGUGCCACCACCAGAUCUAUAACAGAUCCCACUGACCCAGUUGAUUAUUAUCCUUUGCUUGAUGAUUUCCCCACCUCGGUCCCAGAUGUCUCCACCCCCAUGCUCCCACCAGUAGGUGUACAGGCUGUGGCUCUUACCCACGAUGCCGUGAGGGUCAGCUGGGCAGACAACUCUGUCCCCAAGAACCAAAAAACGGCUGAAGUGCGACUUUACACUGUCCGGUGGAGGACCAGCUUUUCCGCGAAUGCAAAAUACAAGUCAGAAGACACAACAUCUCUGAGUUACACUGCAACAGGACUCAAACCAAACACAAUGUAUGAGUUCUCAGUCAUGGUAACAAAAAAUAGAAGGUCAAGCACAUGGAGCAUGACUGCACAUGCCACCACGUAUGAAGCAGCCCCGACCUCUGCUCCCAAGGAUUUGACAGUCAUUACUCGAGAAGGGAAGCCUCGUGCUGUCAUUGUGAGCUGGCAGCCUCCCCUGGAGGCCAAUGGCAAAAUCACUGCUUAUAUCUUGUUUUAUACCUUGGACAAGAACAUACCAAUUGAUGACUGGAUUAUGGAAACAAUCAGUGGUGAUCGGCUUACUCAUCAAAUCAUGGAUCUCAACCUUGACACUAUGUAUUACUUUCGAAUUCAAGCACGGAAUGUGAAAGGAGUGGGGCCCCUCUCUGAUCCCAUCCUCUUCAGGACUCUGAAAGUGGAACACCCUGACAAAAUGGCUAAUGACCAAGGUCGUCAUGGAGAUGGAGGUUAUUGGCCAGUUGAUACCAAUUUGAUUGAUAGAAGCACCCUCAAUGAGCCACCCAUUGGCCAGAUGCACCCCCCACACGGCAGUGUCACUCCUCAGAAGAACAGCAACCUGCUUGUGAUCAUUGUGGUCACCGUUGGCGUCAUCACAGUGCUGGUGGUGGUGGCCGUGGCCGUGAUUUGCACCCGGCGCUCUUCAGCCCAGCAGAGAAAGAAACGGGCCACCCAUAGUGUUGGCAAGAGGAAGGGCAGCCAGAAGGAUCUGCGCCCCCCUGACCUUUGGAUCCAUCAUGAGGAAAUGGAGAUGAAAAACAUCGAGAAGCCGUCAGGCACGGACCCUCCUGGAAGGGACUCCCCCAUCCAAAGUUGCCAAGACCUCACACCCGUCAGUCACAGCCAGUCAGAAACACAACUGGGGAGCAAAAGCACCUCCCAUUCAGGUCAAGACACAGAAGAAGCAGGGAGUUCCAUGUCCACUUUGGAGCGGUCACUGGCUGCACGCCGAGCCACCCGGGCCAAACUCAUGAUGCCUAUGGACGCCCAGUCCAACAAUCCUGCUGUCGUGAGUGCCAUUCCUGUGCCAACCCUAGAAAGUGCCCAGUAUCCAGGAAUCCUUCCAUCUCCCACGUGUGGAUACCCCCACCCACAGUUCACUCUCCGGCCUGUGCCCUUCCCAACACUGUCCGUGGACCGAGGUUUCGGAGCAGGAAAAACAGUAAAUGAAGGACCAAACACCCAACAGCCACCCAUGUUGCCUGCCACGCAGCCUGAGCAUCCCAGCAGUGAGGAGGCGCCCAGCAGAACCAUCCCCACGGCCUGUGUUCGACCCACUCAUCCACUCCGCAGCUUUGCUAACCCUCUGCUACCUCCGCCAAUGAGUGCAAUAGAACCCAAGGUCCCUUACACGCCGCUUUUGUCUCAGCCAGGGCCAACUCUUCCUAAGACCCAUGUUAAAACAGCCUCUCUUGGGUUGGCUGGAAAGGCAAGAUCUCCUUUGCUUCCUGUGUCUGUGCCAACAGCCCCUGAAGUGUCUGAGGAGAGUCACAAAGCAGCGGAGGAUCCAGCCAAUGUGUAUGAACAGGACGAUUUGAGUGAACAAAUGGCAAGUUUGGAAGGGCUAAUGAAGCAACUUAAUGCCAUCACAGGCUCGGCCUUUUAACAUGUAUUGCUGAAUCAAUGAGGUGAAUUUUCCAGGAACUUUGCAGCAUACCAAUUACCCAUAAACAGCACACCUGUGUCCAAGUACUCUCACCAGUGUCCAGGCCAACCCUCAGGACCGCUCAGUCCCGGAAGGUCCUGAAGCAGUUCAGAAGGAAUCGGCAUCCCUUCUUUCAUAGGCAUCAGGAAUUUAAGAAUGAUGACUAUGAGGUCCCAAAACAAAAACAAAGAUACACCUCCACUGCAAUGUCAAGGCUGAAGCUGCUAGCGUAGCCCUGGGUCUUGACCACUGCAGUGAUCACUCUGUCAUAAUGAAUGCAUAUGUUUUCCUUCAUUGAUGCCUGUCAUUUUCUUAUGUGUAGGUCUAGUCUUAUAAAAUGCAAGUGCAUUAUUUAAGCCUGUACCACGCUAUGGCAACUCAGUGCGAGCUCACUGUUUUCUUUUCAACUUUUAAGUACAAAGCACCCAUGGGAAUUCUUUCACGACAUAGCACCAAAGGAGUGGAUGUUUUCCUGACAGCACAAAAAGUAAAUAAGUAAACAAACAAAAGGCAGCAAACACUUAUGUUUUGUAACUCAGUCAUUCAACUUAGCAAGCGAUGGAUAUUAGCAAGUGGCUGUAAAAUUCACCCAGUUUAGCAAGUUAAGUGUUUGUAAAUCCACUCUCUUCACAUGUAUGUCUGGAGAACAGAAACAUAAAACCCUGCAACUCGUGGCACCCUGCCAGUAGCCAUCCAUUUCCCAAAAGAGGAUACAAUAUACACUCUCUUCAGACACAUGGUAAUUAUGUGCUUAAGCUUGUAAUUUUCAAUUUGGGUGGCUUUUGUGCCAUACCACACUGUGAUGACAUUUCAAAGCUUGACCAAGGCCAUCUUCCUCAAGAGUCUGGCUUGAAGAGCUCCCCGCUCCACCCCAUACCUCCCCGAGUUCUCCUUGGCAGCUGGCCUCGGGUGAGGUGGCCACCUCCACAAUCGCAUGGCUUCCUGAUGUCCCUGUAACCCUCUGCAGAAAUGGCAGACUUCCUGAGAACAGGCCCCAAGGAAGGCAAGGAAAGUGGAAGGCAGUUUCAAACAGUACCUUCUCUUGAGUAAUAUCACUUCCACCAGCAGGGCCCUCACUGACUUAGAGUGAGCAGUAUUGGUAAGUGGCAACCACCAGGCCCUGUUGUUAAAAGGACCUACUGCUCCCCCCACCCCCCCAUAACUCUCCCUACACCUGCCCAGAGACACAGAGGAACUGAGGGAAGAAGCCACUUGACACUACUGAUGCAUCAUAACUCCAAUGGCUGCUUUUCAAAGCUGUACCUUCAUUGUGAGCUAGAAUUUUAAACUUUUAUUGCCAUGUUUAUCUACAGCUUGGAAUUAGGUGAAAUUAAGAACAUUUUGAGUGCACCCUUUUAGUUUUUCAAUUUUCAGCUGCAUUUGAAGUUAAUCCUAUUUAUGCAGCUGAAUCGCCAAAAGAGAGCUAGUUUGCUUAUUUAUCAGUUAGGUGACUUGAAAACCCAGGAAGAGAGUUUCAGCUGAAUUAUUCCUUUCAGCUCUGCCUUUGAUUUCAAGCUUGAGUAGGUCAUAAUUUUAAAAGAGCAUGGAAGGGAUAGGAUCUUUACAACCUAAUAGCUCCUUUUAUUAGGUGAGUAAUUAUAUAUGAAUCCCUGAAUGAAAUAUUUUGAGCAAAAUGGCACUGUAACAGAAGUAAUAAUUCAGAUUAUUUUUUUACAGUUUUAUGUCGGGAAGGAAAUCUGGUGUCAAAGAGAGAGCUUGUUCAAGUUGUUCAUUAGAAAGUCUGGUCCAUUUGUGAAAUUGUUCCUUCAAACAAGAGUGCUUGUUCAAUUUACCAAGAUUUUUCUUGAAGUUCUCCUGAAGAGCUAUGUGAUGUUAUUCUAUGGGGCAGAUUACCCUUGUUCAACAUCUGGGUGCUUGGGUAGAUAACCCUCUACUGACCUGGAAUGAGGCAUUUCUUAACAUAAUACUGAGUUUUGAAGAAAGAAUUCUUUACUUCAGAAAAGAAAAUGUUCAUUAGGCUAGUCUUACCUUCCCAAGGCCCUAGAAUGGUUUCCCUUUUCUAAUACUCACAAACAAGAAACAUUCUGAGUGUAUUUGACAUCCAAGGAAGGUCAUCCUGAGUGCUCAUCUUGGAAUAGGCUGCAAAUCUCAGACCUCAGAAGUUGAGUCAUAUCUUCAGUCUGUAGAUUCUGUAGAGCCUGGACAAUCAAGAGAACUAGCAUUUUCACAAAAUCCUAGAGUCUUCUAGUCAAAGUCAAUAACCUUAGAAAACAUUUUUAGAAAUAUUUGAAAAUAUACAUUGUUUUUUCAGUGGGAGGUUUAUUUCUGCUGUAUGCUCUUGAAACUUAGACAGAUACAAUGGUCUAUUUUAGUAAUUGGCAGUGCUAACAAGUCUUAGCUCCAUGCAGUGAAUGUAUAGAAGAAUCCAUUUAAAUUCUCUCAAGAGACACUUGAGUGGUUUACCCAAUGGUUUUAAUAUGCAGUGACUUUACCACAACUUCUGUACCACUCUGUUCCCUAUUCUCUCAAAUAGUUUGCAUAUGUGUACAACUGCCUUACCAACUUUGCAGGUAACUUUUUAAUUUCCCAGUCUCCUGAUCUCUUGACAAGAAGAAAUCUAUGAAUACAGCAAGAUAGCCUCAAUUUUGCUCCUCCUCUGAGUCUAGCUCAUGACACACUGGGCUCUGGAAGCUCAUAAAUCUCUCUGACUUCCAUAGGGUGAUGCUUGACAGCCAACCAGCAGUGCUGCCACCAGGCCUCAUUUCUCCCUGCAAAAGAAGAAAAUGAAACUUGGCAGGGCAUGCUCAGCCCCCACCCCCUGCACUGUGCUGAACUGUCAGGCAAGAGCUGCCCCUUGAAAAAAAUUGGUAUUUUUCUUUUGUAUUUCAUACUGAUAAGAAAGCUACUUUCUUCCCUCUAGAAAUUUCUGCAUUUGUUAAACUCACAAGAAUGCGGAUAGCUCAGAGUACAUAAAGUGUAUUUGGAUGAUACUCUAGCCAAAAGUUAAAUAUUUCCUAGCGAUUCACAUUCAAUAAACCAGUCAUAGCUGCCAUUCUGUAGAACACAGAAGCUUCUAGAAUAUAUAAAAAAAUGAAACUCUACAUUUGGGUAUUAUAAAAGGCACACUCAAUUGAACGAUCUGAAAAAAAAAAUGAAAGCAAGAAACCUAUCAGGCCAAGGAUAUAAGAGGUAAAUUUAUUCAGGCUUCCUGUCAGGGGUUGAACAUGACAUUAUUCUCUUUAAAAUAAGGGUUGUUGAAAAUGACAUCUAUGUCCACCUCUCUGCCUUGGUAGGAACUGCAAAAGGUGAGCUAACCAGCAUUAGUGUGUCAUUUCAGAUAAUAUUUGGAAACUGUAAAGUUUGGCACUCACUGGCUUUUCCAAUGAAGAAUCCAUAAGUGCAGGUCUUUCUGGAAGCCUUUAUAGACUGUGCCUGAAGAUGGUUCCUCAUUUUUAUCCAGCCUUUGGCUUCUCCUGUCUGUUAGCUUUGUUUUGAAAAGAUAUCUUCAGAUCUCCAAAUUUAAUAUAGUGUCUCACACAUGGCAGCUGGGCUGUAAUUCCUACAAAAAAUAAAAAAGUGUACUUCUAAAGAGAUCACCUUAAACCACUUUCAAUAAAAUUGUAUCCCAGACUCAGACUUCUUGUGGUUUUAGAACGUCCAUUUCUAGUCCAUGAGCGAGAGACAAAUAGAAAAAUUUCCCGGUUUUAGGAGUUUUUGUAGAAAACAAAAUCCUCUGAACUUUAAAAUAGAUGUGGGACAAGGUUGCUUUUCUUCCAACUAGUUUACUUCAUGCAACUGUAGACCAUCUGGGAUUCGGACCAGAGGUUAGUAUCCUAGCCUGUUCAUAACCACACACAACACUCUAGCCCUGCGGAAGCAGUCAUACACUCAAAUUUACAAUCCCUCUCUUUUUUAAAUCACUGCAAUAUUUUACUCAUACUUUAUAUUUGUCUAGUAACAUUCACAAAUUAAUAGCCUGCACAGAAAAGCUUUUAAAGCAAUUCCAAUGUUUUAAUUAAAUUGGAUACUUUGUAAAAUCACAGAUAGGUGUUUUGUAUGAUAUUGCAUUCCAUUGAAAACUAUGCACUCCUAGGCCUCAAUGUAACUUGCUAUCAAAAUACCUGCUUCCAAAAGGUACUGAUUCUGAAAAGAAAUGCCUGCCUAUUUCCUGGUCAGUGAGGUUAUAUGGGAGACCAAAUACCACGCCCAUAUCAACAAAUGAAUGUUACUUCCGGGCUCUCCAUUUCCGCUCUUGGAUAACUUUCACUUCGCGGACUUUGAGUUGCACUCCCCGAAGGAUUUCUUCUGCUCUCAGUAGAGAGCCUUUGUGCAUUGUCAUCCUGUGAUUUUUGAUUGGUUGGAGAGCAACAGCAAAACCCUAUGAGAUGUCCAAAACACAGACACAUGGGCCAAGGGAUCUCACUGUGUGCUGAAAGUGUAUUUUCAGAUGCAAGAAAGGAAUGUUGGGGGGGGAGGAAAAGUGCUGUUUUUUAUUAUUGUAGGGAAAACCUGACAAUUCUGAACUUUGCGAGUUGUCAGCUUGUUUGGGGGCUGGGUGGGUAGGGAUGGGGUGUACUUUUUAUAAGUAAUAUUUAAUUUAUUAUUUAGAGUGGCUUCUUUUUGGAUAAUUUAUGAUAAAAAGGGAGAUCUGGUUGGGAAUCUAGAUACGGCUGUUAAAGCUGCAGUGUUCCAUAGCUCAGAGGGACCAGUUUGGAAAGGAAUUGUCCACUGCUGAGCAUGAGGAGAGCAGCCAGGCAAAGCCUCCACUGAAGCUCCAACAUCACCGCCUUCUCCCUUUCCAGGGUCAUUCAAACGAGACCACACCAAACCUGAAAUAUUCUGAUAGCAUUUCAUGGAUCAAUGCUACUCAUUCUCUCAAAGGGCUUUGCAAUUCAAGCAAAUUGUUAGUGUGCUAGUGGUAGGUUUAUUCGUUAGAAAUGGGUAUACUACAGCUUUAACUAGCCUUAGUGGAGAAAGAAAAUUUUUGUUGCUACAAAACACCUUUUUUCAAUAAAAGGUAUUUUGAGCCUACAAAGAAUUUCUUAAAAUUGUCAGACUCUAGCAUUGUUAACCAAAUUAGACUAGUGAUUGCAAUAUUUAAGUGUAAAUCUUGUUCUAUGAGAAAGGAAACUUGCUUAUAGUUUAAAGCAAUGACUGUUUCUACACGAUCUUGUAUACUACUACACGAGGAAAAAGGGGUUUUGUAAUCACUGUAGAACAGUCUCAUAUUCAUUUUUUAUAGAAAUGUUAUUCCA